UAUCCAUAUAUCAUGGUGGAAAAUUUCUAAGAGUAACAUCAGCUUCCCAGUAAAGAAGAAUUCAAGCCUUUGAGAAUAAAUGCCACAGAAAAUGCUGGAUAUCAGAUACCAGGAAAAGAAGGUAAAUGAGUUUGCACUUUUAGAAGUCAACACUCUGGCUGGCUAAUAGGAAGAACUCCUCGAUAUUGUGAAGAAAGCUGAACUGGUUUGGUCAUAUUCACAUAUUGACUCAUUUAAAAAGUCAUACUUCAAGGUACAGUGAAGGGAGCACAAAGAAAGGAAAGCUGGCUGGACAACAUAAAAGACAUAAAAGAAUGGGUCAGCGUCUCUCUUGAUAUCCUGUUAAGAACAGCUGCUGACUAGGAAAAGUGGAGGUAUUUGGUUACUUGAACUUUCACAGCACUCUUAUGACAAAAGUGAAGGAACAUAUGAGAAGAGAUGAUACUUAUUGUAUGUGUGGGCGACAUCGUUCUGACCACAGCUAAUGCCCAGGCUUUCCUCUAAUGGAAAUGAGAUGAUCCAUAGUUGCUGCACAACUGAAGGAGACCGUUGAACCUAUUGUGAGAAAGUAAGGAUCUAGACAAUAUAUUGUGUUGGAUUGCAUAAACAUAUGGUAUGCAUUGUGUGGGAGUGAGGAAACAGCUUGCCAAAGCUUUGAGAUGUUUAGUUUGUCAAUAUUGAAUUUGAUUAGAGACAUCAUCCCCUGACCUCUUACACACAGUUUUGUUGACACACUUCACAAUGCAUAUCUCUUAUAAUGGGCAGCACUAGUAGAAACUCAUUUAAAUUGAAUGAUUUGAUAUACAUGUAUUGGGUGCUAGUAGCAAUCUUUUGUGUUAUAUUUAUCUGUAAUAUAUUUUACCUAAAUGAGUCUUAUGUUGCUAUAAAGACAUAAGAAACUGCCGUUCAGAAUUCUCAAGAAACCAAAAUGUUCAGAUCAUCAUCACAUUCAUGAGAUUAUAGUUUCAGCUCCUCCUAGCAUAAGCAUUUGUCUCUGCAAUGUAUUUUAAGAACUUAAAUAAAGGAGUUUCUACCUAAUUUUAUUAAAAAGAAAACCACAAUGUCAUCUGUAACUGCUCAUUCAGGGUACAUUAAGACUUGGCUGGCUCAAGACUGUACCAUCAGCCCACAAACAUUGCUUAAAGAAUGCUAUCAGGGAAUUGUGAACCUACACACAGCUUUUAUACAUUUGGAUAGGGCUGGUAACCAUCUGGUUGAAUGCCUUGCUCUUGGGUUACAAAAUACGCCAUAUAAAAGUGUAGGCUCUUUGCUAACUGAAAGAUUGUCUUCUGUCUUCUCAUUGGCUGUGUCCAGCAAUAAUGUGUCAAUAUUGAAAGAAAUGGAAGCCAUGCUUGUAGAUAUCCAGAAUUCUGAUCAACAGUUAUUUCAAUCACCAUCUUAUGGCCAGAUUCUUUGUCAUAUUUCCCUACUGCUGAUGAAACUAAAGAAACAGUACUUUGCAUUAUGUAAUACCAAGAUCAUUGAAGUUAUUCAUUCCUUGCUUUCUCUUAAUGGAGAGGAUGAGGUGACAAAAUUAGUUUUCAAACUGGGACUUGCAGACGGUCAAGAUCCACAAAAAAAGUCAAAUGCUAGUCUUCCCAGCAGUCCCUGGGGUAGUCCAAAAAUGAGAAAGGAUAGAAAUACUGUAAAAAAUCCUACUGGAGCAGGUUUUAGAAUUCUGUCAUUCUUUGAAAAAAAAACAUCACAUGGGAGGAAAGGGGAGUCUGAAGACAUGAAAUCACAGCUUAAAGAACAAGUACCAUCAGUGCCUAGUGUUACCAGCAGUCAUGAUAACCAAACAUUUCUCACUUCUAGUCAAGUGGUAGUUAGUCCAGAUUCAUUAACAGAGUCUCAGUUCAAUAAUGAUGACACAUGCCACAUGCUAUUAUCUAGAGACAGUGAACAUUUUCAAUCUUCUGGCAUGAAGCCUGAAUUAGCAACAGAAGAAGAGCUAGAAAGUGUCAUCAACUUACUGUCUGGAAUGGGAUGCGUGUCAGUUUCUUCCAUGCAAGCUUUACCUGAAAUAGUUCCUCCUCAGGGUCCAAUGCAGCUUACUGUGCCUCAGAUUUAUUGUAGGCCUAGUCCUUCUUCUGAUACACAAGUUGAUGAUCUUAAAACUCAGAAGUCACAGAUUCAUCGAAGAUCAGAAGGGUGUCUUGACUUGUCUUCAGUUAGUCGUAAUUUUUGGCCACACCAACAACACCAUCAUCAUCGAGCCAGUUUACCAUCAGUUCAGAUCUUUUCUGCUACAGGUCAAAAAUCUGGCUUUGAUACACCAUCACCUGCUCCUUCUUAUGUUUGUGACUUGCCUUCCCCUCAAUCUGCCAAAGACCAGCCCAGUCCUGAGUAUCUGAGGGUAGACCCACCAUCUCCCUUCCGCAGUCACUAUGCAAACACUUUAGGAGUUGGUUUGGUUGUUGGACCCAACAUGUUGUCACCAUUGCAAUGGGUGACUGGAUCUACUGGUGGUGAAGUAAGUCAGUCCAGACCUUGGUCAACCUGUGAUGGAGUUUCACCUUUGUCAACUGGUUCUGGAGUUCAAGACUGUAGUGAUUUGAGUGAUGAUUCAUCUAUAGAAGAACAGUUUUUUGCUGUUGGGAAAGAUUUAUCAGAUGUCAUUUAUUCAAAAGAUGGAAGCAGCGAUGAAGAUCAUCCAGGUCCAAUUAAAACUCAUUCACCCUGGCAAGCAGGCUUCUUGAAUAGGUCUUCUGAGGCAAUCCAAGGUUUAACAUCUGAUUUUCUUGAGCCUCCAGAUAUGUAUAAUAUACACAGACCUAUACAGAUGCAGUGGAGUGAUCCUUUGUCAUCUCGUUCAUUGUGGGCAAACAUGCCGCAAGAUACGACUAAAAAUAAAACCUCUCAAAGCAUGCAAGGUUUUGGUGGAGUUGAAUAACACUAGUAUAUUUAGUGAUGGACAGAUAUUUUAUAAAAAUGUCUCCACUGAUCGAUAAGAAAAAAAUGUCUUCUUUUUUUUAAAUUUAUUAUGAAAAAUAUGAUUUGCUUUUUUCAUGAGACUUUUUUGGAACAUCAGUUUUUAGUUCGUUUUAAUUUAAUGUUACUUCCAGCCACAAAUUGAGCUAUAUUGAACCUAUGGGCCAUUUAUUAACUACAAACUUAAGCCUAUUACAGGUUACACUUAUCUGAAAUUUAAUUCUAGUUUUACUCUAUUACAAAAGCCAAAAUUUUCUUUGUGUAUAUAUUCAAAAUACUGUUUGUUUUUAAAUUUAUAUUUGACAAGAAAAUUGAUACCAAAUGCAAUGAGUGAGUGAAUUAAAAGAAACAGGAAGAUUUACUUGUUUAAAAAUGUCUGCAUUUAGAAAUUUUCUUGUAACAUUUACAAAAUGUUACUUUUGAAGAAAAUUGUGUUACUUUUCUUUCAAUAAAACCUAAAAAAAAAAAAAAAAAAA